AUGGCAACCAAGAAGUUGGCGCGGCAGCUUGGAUUAAUUAGGAGAAAGUCAUUUGCACCGGCAAAUGGAUAUCUAGGAAGAAGCAAAUUCAAACAGUUGUUUGACUACUUAAUUGUCAUUGAUUUUGAGUCAACAUGCUGGAAUGAUGGGAAGCGCCACCAUAGCCAGGAAAUAAUUGAAUUUCCAGCAGUCAUAUUAUCUCCCAUGUGUUCCAACAUUUUCUCACUAGAUAAACUCUUUUGCCAGUAGAACUUCUUCCUCAUCAUAUCCUCAAAAAUUAUGGAAUUUGCUUAUUGAAUUCAAAUUUUGUAACUUUUUAUGCAGGUUCAAGUUGAUGAAGGGGUACCCCUGAAGAUUUGCUUAUCACAGUUCUGUAAGUGGAUUCAUAAGAUUCAGGAACAGAAGAAUUUCUUUUUUAAUACUGAAGCCUUGGAUCCUUCUAGUUCUGAAGUGAAAUUAUGUGCCUUUGUUACUUGGUCAGAUUGGGACUUGGGAGUUUGCCUGGAGUAUGAAUGCAAAAGGAAACAGCUGUUCAAACCUGUGUUCUUAAACUCUUGGAUUGACCUCAAGGCAACUUACAAGCUUUUCUAUAGGAGAAAACCAAAGGGACUUAGUGGUGCCUUGCAGGAAGUGGGAAUAGAAUUCUCAGGACGAGAGCACUCAGGGUUGGAUGAUUCUCGGAAUACCGCCCAUCUUGCUUGGAAAAUGAUCAGGGAUGGUUGCUUAAUGAAAAUUACUAGAUCCUUGAAUAAGGUAUCCACUAAGAGGAAUCCCAACAUUUUGGCCAGAAAUUUGAAUACAAAGCAGGUUGAAGAAACUUCUGACUGUAACAGUACCAUCCAGGAUUUCAAUAUACAUAAGGAGCCUAAGAUUACAACAAAUUCUGAUGAAAAAGUUCCAGUGACGUCAGCUUGUGUGAAUUCUUCUGUAAAGGUCCAGCAAAAUCAGUUACAACUAAAGAGCAAUGUGAAAGCAGGUCUUCACAAUGCCAAUAGCUGUUUGUCUCUUUUCAAUAGUAAAUCCUUUACUUCUCUGGGGCAGUUACAAUCUCCCAGCUUGAAUUCACCUAUGGACAUGCAAAAGCAAAUAAAAAAUGGACACCUUGCAUUUAAUGCCAAAUCUAAGCCUUCAACAGCUAGUUCAGGGUUGGUGCUUGUUUCUACUACCAUUUCUUCUGUUAAUCAUGUUUCUGAUAUGGAAAUGAGUUCUGCUCUUGACUGUUUACCUAUGUUAGCUGAUUGGGAAGAUGUAGCUUUACUGCCAGCCUCUCAGCCUGAGGACAAUAUAGAUUGUAUGCUUCCCAUUAGCGAUUCAAGCUUAGACACUUCAUUUGAUUCUGGAGAAGGAUUAACAGUUAUAAAAGAACUUGAAAUGCUAGGUUGUGAAAACUUUGGCAGUACAGAGGAAGUGCCUCAAAAAUCUGACACUUCUAAGUCUGUGGUAUACAAGAGCCCUCACACUACUAUUUACAGUGUAAGAAAAGUCAAAGACCCAGUUUCAAAUGUUUCUGCUUUUAAGUUACCUAAACCCAAACUAAGUAUCUUCACAACAACAAAACCCAAACUAAGUAUCUUCACCAAUGUUAGUGCCAAUAUGUCUCAUCCAAUUUUGGGAAAACAUCCUCUUCUUUUAGGCACUACUAAAAGAAACCCAUCCAGUCCGCCCGCUUUUCCGCCAGUGAAAAAACAGAUCUUCACUGUUCAUGAGGAAAAGGCUACACCGUCUGAUUGCUCCCCAGUGAGAAGUUCCCCCCGGAAGAUUGUGCCCUCUGUAUUAACUUCUAGAGCUAACCUACAAGAGCCUUGGAAGGGUGAGAAAAUGACACCUCCUUUAUGCAAGUGUGGCCGAAGAUCUAGGAGACUUGUUGUUUCUAAUAAUGGACCAAACCAUGGAAAAGUCUUCUAUUGUUGCCCUAUUGGAAAAUACCAAGAAAACAGAAAACAAUGUGGUUAUUUCAAAUGGGAGCAGACACUUCAAAAGGAGAGAGCCAACAAUACAGUGUCUCAUUCCCCUGGGGGGCUCACUUUUAGUUCUCCAGAAACAAGCUGUAUUUCUGACAGAAAUGCAAAUUUUUCUACUAAAAAUUAUUUGAGACUGAGACCUUCAAUGAGGAGUUGA